AAUAAUCCCCAUAUUGCCUCUUGAAUUGGUUUCAAGUGUUGUGAUAGAGCAUUCGAAACCAUAUUGCUUGUCAGCGGUUUCCGAUUUCAUUCAGUGUAGAGGAGAUUUAGAUUUAGUCCACUGCUGAGAUAAGGAUAAAAUUCGGAGUACGAUGGAAACUGAAGCCAGUCCCCUCCUUCCCAGUAUUUCGGAGCGAAAACAUUUCUGUCGAAGGAUACCAAGAGAAAUAGUAGUUACUGCUACUGUUCUAGGGUUGUUCCUCGUAGGUGUCACUUUACUUAUAGUGCUCGAAAAUGUUAAAUCUACUCCAAAAGAAGAAAUAACACUUGAUAGCAACUUGCUUGGAUCCUCAAUGAAAUAUAAGAAAAAAUUGCCAGAAUCUUGGAAAGAUAACGAUACAGAUAGUGCAGAUAAAAAUGGAAAGAAGGAAAAAUAUACAAAGAAGCAAUUAGACAAAGUAAAAGAUUGGUUACAAGAAUGGAACGAAACUUCUGAUAAUGACACUAAAGCGAAGGACGAAAAAUUUAUACAUAGGAAGCUAGACAAAGUGAAAAAUUGGUUAGAAGACUGGAAAAAAGCGUAUAAUGUAGAUAAUUAUCAAGACGCCCUAGGAAAUCUCAUAGACGCCGAAAAGGAUUUACUAGACCUUUUAAAACGUUUUCAAGAUGCUACUGAUAAACCACUGGCAGAAAAUGAUUUGAUAGAAAUCUUGCAAGACACAUACAUGAGUACUCCAACAGAUGAAAUCAAUCUGUUAGGUUCUCCAUUUAAAUACAACAAAAAAUCUUUCGACAAAACUUGGCAAGACAAAAAGGCAAAAUAUGGAAAGCUCAAUGAAGAAUAUAAAAAAGAAAAUCAAAUAAAAAAUGACCCUAUGAAGCCUAAAGUCCUUCCUUCAGAAAAUUUUCUGAAAUCGUCAGAUAAAUCGGCAGAUGCAUCAGUUAAUUUAUUGGGAUCGCCAUUCAAAUACAAUAAAAAAGCUGCAGACAAGGAGUGGCAAAACAAAAAAAAUUUUAAUAAUAAGAAAUGGGACAAUGUCUCGAAAGGCUGGAAGAUAAUAUCACCCUUAGGUUCUUCAGCAUCUCACACAAAUGCGCUUGAUUCAGAUGCAAUUGAUGUAGUACAGUACAGCAACAUGAAGUAUGACAGUGUUAACAAGGGUUUUAAGAAAAUUUCAAAAUCAGGUAAUGAAUUUUCGAAGGAAGCGCAAGAAUUUAAUGAAGCAUGGAAAACUGCAGAAAGACGACUCAAAUCUGAGAAGAAUCGUGAUUAUGAACUACAGAAGGAAAUUGGUAGAAACUGUAGCCAGAGAAGUGUGGUUGCUCCAUCAGGAUGUCCGUUUGCGAAUAUUUUACAAUCUUCAGCUGUUCCUCAGUCUCAAGUAAACUGUGCAAUUAUGGCUGAACAAGUACGGCGAGAAUUAGGACGAUGUGUUGAUAUGUCAUUUUUACCAAAAGAAUGCAAACCAUCUUGGAGGACCAAAUGCUUUUCGGCAUACAAAUACAGAAAAAUCGAUGGUACCUGUAACAAUCAGAUUCAUCCUACAUGGGGAAAAAGUGGAACUCCUUUCAUAAGGAUGAUCGCUCCUGACUAUAGCGAUGGAGUUUCCAGUAUUCGAACUUCGAAGGACGGCAACCCACUGCCAAAUUCUCGAUUUUUAAGCCAGAAAUUAUACUCCGAAAAGAUUAAGCCAGACUCUGAUGUAACUUUGUUAUUCACAAGUUUUGGAUUAAUAGUAGAUCAUGAUAUGGUUGAAACAGCAGUGAAUACAGAUGGUAUUCCAUGUUGCAACGAAAAGUUUGAUAAAUAUCCAGAAACUCGUCCAAGAGAAUGUCUGCAAAUCGAUGUGCCCGAUGGGGAUCCUUUUUAUGGUCCAAGAAAUGUUAAAUGCCUCAGUUUCGUGAGAUCUGUACCUGUUCAUGGAGAAUGUGGAGGUAGACGUGAACAGUUGAAUAAAGCCACAUCAUUCCUGGAUGCUUCAGCUGUUUAUGGCUCAACAAUUGACAGAACCAAAACCUUGCGAUCUUUCAACAAAGGACAGUUGCGUACUCAAUAUAUCAAUAAUACUCCUUAUAUGACUAGUUCUAGUGAUUCAAGCUGUGGAACACCAUCUGAACCAUUCAAAUGCUUUGAAGCAGGUGACUCUCGAGUCAAUAUGCUCGUUGAAUUGACUGCAAUGCACACCUUAUGGUAUCGAGAGCACAACAGGAUUGCUGAAGAAUUACAUACAAUGAACCCUCAAUGGUCGGAUGAAACAUUGUUCCAAGAAGCAAGGAGAAUAUUAAUCGGGGAGCUGCAGCACAUUACAUACAACGAAUAUUUACCUCUUUUAUUAGGAAAAGAAGCGAUGGAUUAUUUUCAGUUGAAUAUAGAAAAGAAUGGAUUCUACGACGGAUAUGAUGAAACCAUUGAUCCCAGUGUUUACAACGUGUUUGGAGCUGCAGCUUUUAGAUUUGGCCACAGUUUAAUUAAGGAUGUGAUAGACCUUGUUGGACCAGACAACAAAAGUGAAGCAAGUAUUGCUUUGCAUCAGACUUACUUUAACCCUCAAAUUCUAUAUCAAAAAGGUCUUGAUUCCCUUCUAAGAGGAGCGACAAAGCAAAAACUCAACUCUGUUGAUAGCUUCAUAACACCAGAAGUACGAGAGCAUUUGUUUCAACCAGCUGAUAAGGAUUAUGGUCAUGAUUUAGCAGCAGUUGGCAUACAGAGAGGACGAGAUCAUGGCUUACCUUCGUACAACAAGUGGAGAUCAGUUUGCGGAUUAUCCCAAAUGAAAUCUUGGGAUGAUUUGAAAUCCGUUAUGAAUGUGAAAAGAGCAGAAAAACUGAAAGAAGUUUAUAAAUUUGUGGAUGACAUCGAUUUGAUUCCUGGAGCAUUAGCAGAAGACCAUGUUGAAGGAUCUCUUCUAGGACCAACUUAUCUCUGCAUAAUUGGAAGACAGUUUAAAAAGACUCGUAAAGGCGAUAGAUUUUGGUUUGAAAUGGAAGACAGUGUCGGAGCGUUCACGAAAGAUCAAUUAUCUGAGCUGUACAAAUCGAACAUGGCUCGAAUAGUUUGUGAUAACUCUGAUAGAAUUACAAAAAUUCAAAAGAAUGUGUUUAAACCACCAUCAACAACAAACCCUGUUGUCAAUUGUGAAGAUAUACCUCAAGUCGAUUUAUCCAAAUGGAAAGCAUAUUAUUGAACAUAUCAAGGCUCUAAAAAAGACUUAAGAUGUUUCCUGGAUUUUUUGAGGCGAAAUAGCUUGAUUUGUUUUUGUGUGUCCAAGGGUGACGAAUUGUUCAGAUUUUCUUCAGAAAAAGUUUUAUUGCAUUAUUUUCCCUUUUAAAAAUCAGUUGAAUAUAUAUUUUUACAAUUUUAGCACUUUUACGAAACAAAAAACUGAUAUAAAGCGUUCUAAGAGAAAAUAUGCUUUUUAAACGAUUUGGUUUUCUGGAAAUCUAUGGGGGUUCCAUAAUCAGUGUCGUGUUUAUCUUGCGUUUUAUCGUUGUGAAUGUCAUAUCUUUAUUCAGUGAUUGCAUACAACUGUCAUUUCAUAAGUAGACGUUUCAUUCUAUUUUGUAAGCAAUUUUAUUACUGAAAAUAAAUUUUUAUUCUUUGUUUGAAA